CCGCCCGCUCGGCCCGGCGAGGACAAAGGCGCGGCUGGGGACGAGGAGGAGGGGGCCUGUUAUUUUGCAGGCUCGCCGGGGAGGCCCCUCCGACCGGCCUGCCUCCGCCUCCCCCGCUGGACCCUCCGAGGCCCCGGCCGGCCAGGCGGCCACCCCGGCUGUGAUUUGGGGACGCUGAGGGAGGGGGCCUGGGGUGCUUUGCGCCGGAUACUGUUGAUUCGGGCCCGCGUAGGGUUUCAUCGGACAAUCACCGGCGCCCCCUGCUCUCCCGGCCCCGGCGCCCGGACCUGGGGGUUUGCAAGGCUGCGCCCGCUGGUUGGAUGGCGGGCGUUUGGGUGUCCUAAGCAAGAGUGAGCCAUGGAGCUACGUGUGGGGAACAAGUACCGCCUGGGACGGAAGAUUGGGAGCGGGUCCUUCGGAGAUAUCUACCUGGGUGCCAACAUCGCCUCUGGUGAGGAAGUCGCCAUCAAGCUGGAGUGUGUGAAGACAAAGCACCCCCAGCUGCACAUCGAGAGCAAGUUCUACAAGAUGAUGCAGGGCGGCGUGGGGAUCCCGUCCAUCAAGUGGUGCGGAGCUGAGGGCGACUACAACGUGAUGGUCAUGGAGCUGCUGGGGCCCAGCCUAGAGGACCUGUUCAACUUCUGUUCCCGCAAGUUCAGCCUCAAGACGGUGCUGCUCCUGGCCGACCAGAUGAUCAGCCGCAUCGAGUAUAUCCACUCCAAGAACUUCAUCCACCGGGAUGUCAAGCCCGACAACUUCCUCAUGGGGCUGGGGAAGAAGGGCAACCUGGUCUACAUCAUCGACUUCGGCCUGGCCAAGAAGUAUCGGGACGCCCGCACCCACCAGCACAUUCCCUACCGGGAAAACAAGAACCUGACCGGCACGGCCCGCUACGCUUCCAUCAACACGCACCUGGGCAUUGAGCAAAGCCGUCGAGAUGACCUGGAGAGCCUGGGCUACGUGCUCAUGUACUUCAACCUGGGCUCCCUGCCCUGGCAGGGGCUCAAAGCAGCCACCAAGCGCCAGAAGUAUGAGCGGAUCAGCGAGAAGAAGAUGUCAACGCCCAUCGAGGUCCUCUGCAAAGGCUAUCCCUCCGAAUUCUCAACAUACCUCAACUUCUGCCGCUCCCUGCGGUUUGACGACAAGCCCGACUACUCUUACCUACGUCAGCUCUUCCGCAACCUCUUCCACCGGCAGGGCUUCUCCUAUGACUACGUCUUCGACUGGAACAUGCUGAAAUUCGGUGCAGCCCGGAACCCCGAGGACGUGGACCGGGAGCGGCGAGAACACGAGCGCGAGGAGAGGAUGGGGCAGCUACGGGGGUCCGCGACCCGAGCCCUGCCCCCUGGCCCACCCACGGGGGCCACUGCCAACCGGCUCCGCAGUGCCGCCGAGCCCGUGGCUUCCACGCCAGCCUCCCGCAUCCAGCCGGCUGGCAAUACUUCUCCCAGAGCGAUCUCACGGGUCGACCGGGAGAGGAAGGUGAGUAUGAGGCUGCACAGGGGCGCGCCCGCCAACGUCUCCUCCUCAGACCUCACUGGGCGGCAAGAGGUCUCCCGGAUCCCAGCCUCACAGACAAGUGUGCCAUUUGACCAUCUCGGGAAGUGAGGAGAGCCCCCAUUGGACCAGUGUUUGCUUAGGUGAGUCCAUGACUGCUGCAGAUGCAACCAGCCCAGCCAGCCUAGAAGCUCCCAGGGCCCCAGAAAGAGACCAAUGUGUUGUGGAGGAGUGGGUGGCAGUGGCAGAUGGUACCAGGCGCCCCAGAACUCUAAGGGGCCUCAAGGAGUUUAAAACCUCAGAGCCUGCCUGACUCGGGGCCAAGGGUUUCUAUGCUCAGGCCUGACCCCACAUGGAUUAGUUUCUGCUGGAAAAACUUUUUCUGCCCUCAGCCAGCCCUCUGUCUCCUUCUGCCUUAACAUAUUCUGGAAGGUUGGUUCCCAGCAGAGACGGGGCCAUGGGCUCACACUCUGACCUCUCCCACGGCAUUAGCCUUGUCUCAGCCUUUGGGCUGUUACGCAAGUUAAUUCCCGCACAAGACUCACAACAGGGCUGUGGAGGAAGCAAAGGAGCCCUUUUUAGGCCUCUGUAGUAGGACUGGGAGAGGCCCUCUGGCCAGCAUGAGCCUGCUAGUUCUUCUCUGACUGCACCAGGCCUUGAGGCGGGGUAUGGAAACGCCCCUCUCUGGGGCCUGGCUUGGGGAAGGGGAGGCAGCAGGGGUUCUUUGGGCUUCUCGAGGGUAUAAUCUGAGCUUUCUGGGGAACGUGUGUCCAUUUGUAGGCAGUAGCCCGACACGUCAGGGGACUCGACUUCACACUGGGACAAUCUGUGUGUGGUCUGUUUUGUAGAAAUUCAUCCACACAGAGAGUGGAGGCAUGAACAGGGCUGGCCUUCCUCGGAUCUCAGGCCCAGGAACCAAGCUGUCCAUGGCGGGCUGGGCAGAUAUUUGGGGGUGGGGUGGGGAGAUGCUCACCAGGAGGGCAGAGAAGGGAGAGAAUCUGUUUGUGUCACAUGAAGAUGGAUCUCCCAGCGUGCUGGGCCUUGAGCCAGGCUCUGGCUCCAGAGGGAGAUAGACCAAGGGACGAGAAGACGGGAGUUUGGGGGGCCAGGUGCAGUGGCUCGUGCCUGUAAUCCCAGCACUUUGGGAGGCCCAGACAGGCGGGUCACUUGAGGUCAGGAGUUCGAGACCAGCCUGGCCAACAUGGUGAAAACUCAUCUCUACUAAAAACACAAAAAUUAGCCGGGUGUGGUGGCACACAUAUGUAAUCUCAGCUACUCGGGAGGCUGAGACAGGAGAAUCGCUUGAAUCCGGGAGGUGGAGGUUGCAGUGAGCCGAGAUCGUGCCACUGCACUCCAGCCUGGGGGACAGAGCAAGACUCCAUCUCAAAAAAAAAAAAAGUAGCCAGAGACAGCUGUGCACCUCACCUGUCUUCUCCCUUCUCCCUUCUAGUGUCUUCACUGUAUUUUCUUUAAAAAAAAAAAAAAAAAAAAAAAAAAGAUGGCAAAAAUAAACCACUCAAAAGAACAACAAAAAACCCAGCACAAAACCGACGAUGGAGUUUGUUUCUUUGAUUUCUUUGCCAAUGGCAAGAAGAUGAGAUGCCCUCAGCACUAAGGAUUCUUGCCCCCUUGUGGUGCCCGCUGCCCCCAACCUUCAGGCUGCCAGAUGCUCCCCUGACAACACCAGGCUAUAGGAGCCAGACGCCAGGGCCUGCCCGGCCUCCUGUUCCUGCCCCCACCCACCACCUGCCUGGAGAGAAACGGGUCGGGUCCGUGUCGGAGAAGUGACAGGUCCCAGAGCCAAAGCCGGCCCUCGAGCAUCAUUGGGGAGUGGUGUAGUCAGUCAAAGGCAGUUCCCACCGAGUUUCCCGAGCCUCAGAAUCCAGGAGAUACGCACAGCCCCACCCACUCUGAGAUGACAGUGGCCGACUUCCCGUGCUGGGCUUUUCCAGUAUCCCCCUGGCCUCCAGCCUCCUCCUCUGCCUCUCCAUGGAGUGGGUGGGGAGGUGGUGGGGGCCGGUGUCCCCUGUGUGUGUGUGUGUGGAUGUAUUGACCUGUGUUUCCCAAGACAGCAGGUGCCACGGCCCACCCCGCCUGCCAGCCCUAAUUCCCGUUCUCCUGUGUCUACUAACAAGGACAUGGGGGUGGGCGGUGACCUCCGCAUCCCUCAGAGCUCAGAGGGUCCUCGCUGCCACCGAUCCCCCCCAGCCCGUCAUCAGCCGGUGGCAGCUUCAUCUGCCAUUCCUGGUUUUAGGGCAGAAUCCAUGGAGACUGCUUCCAGAAGGCAUCUGGCUCUGAGUUAUAAAUUACUUCCUGGUCCUGACAGUCACCUGGGGUCCCCCCUCUCCCUGGUUCCACCUUUCUGAGGAGGAGCCUGGGGUCAGGGCUGGGUUUUGGAUUAACCCAUCCUUCCUAGUUAACACCUUUUUGUUUUUAUUUUAUUUUAUUUUUGUUUGUUUUCUCCAUGUGUGUGUUUUCCUAAUUUAUUUACCUCUGUUUCCCCUUUUUCCUUUUUUUUUUUUAAUUAAAGAGCAAAGCUUUUUAUUACUUUGUAAUUUAAAAAACUGAAAAAAAAAUACUGAAGAACUUUGGGGGGAAUUUUGUACUUUUUUCCUGUGUAAAUAUUGGACUUUUUUGAGCUUUAUUGUGGUUGUUAAUUUGAAGUAAUAAAGUAGAAAAGAUAAAGUGA